AUGUCGGAGGAAGCGAGCGCGGGCUCUGCCUCCGCGUCACAGGCCUCACAGGCCUCAAAGGCCUCACAGGCCAGUGCUGGUGGUUCUUCCUCGGUAGACCAGGGACCUGCCGCUACCGACCCGAAGGCUUCAGGAGAGGCUAUCGACGAGAUGCUGGCCGCAAAUGACCCCGACAGCAAGAAACGCAAGUACCCAGAGCCCGGCCUCCCAACUGAAAGGUCAGGAGCAGUGAAAGAAAGGCGUAUCGUCGAGUGGGUGCGCGACGAGGAAUCGCUCAGAGCCAACGUCAGCGCCAACCCCAAGCUGUCUAAGGCCAAGCAAAUUCACGCUGGAGGCAAAGCUUCGACAGCCGACAUCGAAGAAGCCCUGGUGGAAUUCAUCAACGAUCAGCGCAAGCAUCACGUCGGCUGUGGUAGCAUGGCGGUCAUGAACAAGCUGCUUGAGUUGAAGCCGGAUGCCCUUGGCGGGCUGACAGCCAAGCCGAAGCCGGAGGAGGCGUUGGCUUUCAAGUCCAAAUUCAAGAGCUGGUACCAACGUUUCCGCAAACGGAACAAGUUCAGCAUCCGCCGGCGUACAAGCGUGGGCCAAAAGCUACCGAAGGGACACGAGAGCAUGGCGUGGGCGACGUUGAUGAAGCUGCGUAAGGCUCUCCUGAGGGGAGGACCUGAGUUCAUCUCUCCUGGAGUUGGUGACCGACGAAUUGUUCGAAGAACUGGGCAACAUGGACCAGACGCCAGUCCAGCACGAGAUGCCGGUGGAGACGACUCUGGAAAAGACCGGUNCCCCAUCAGAGGGGAGGACCUGAGUUCAUCGCAGCUGGAGUUGGUGACCGACGAAUUGUUCGAAGAACUGGGCAACAUGGACCAGACGCCAGUCCAGCACGAGAUGCCGGUGGAGACGACUCUGGAAAAGACCGGUGCGAAGGAUGACCGCAUCGCCACCGGAGAGUGCCCACUUCUGUCCGACAUCGCAGUGGGUACACCCACCGGCGUCAACUAAUGUUUUCAUGUACCCACUUGUGUCUAUAUUUUGACCCACAUUUGUCCAAAUUGUACCCACUUGUGUCCACAUACGGAUGGCGGAAAUCGAGCGGAAAUUGACCUCCACGUCACCGCACGGCAGAACAUCGAAUAGCCUCGGAACGUCUCAGAACCGCCCAACCCCGUAUCCAUGGCAUCUUUCGUAUCCAUGACUGCAGACUGCGGACCGACCGCGGAGGAACAUGUCAGACACAUGCCAGGCCCCUCCGGUACCGGCACGGGAGGAUAUUUGGUACCCUCGAGCAGGCAAUGUGCGACCUAUUUCUUCCUUAAGCCGCCAUCCAUAAAGUAGCAGCGAACGAACGUAGCGUAGCGAACGGCAUCCGUUUUGGUCUCUUGUUCGGUUAGGUUUCUAGGGGAUACCGAGCCGGAUUUUCAUUUCGUAUACACCAUAUGACUGUUGUGCACAUGAAAACCCUACAUGAUGUUGGUANCCGCCAUCCAUAAAGUAGCAGCGAACGAACGUAGCGUAGCGAACGGCAUCCGUUUCGGUCUCUUGUUCGGUUAGGUUUCUAGGGGAUACCAAGCCAGAUUUUCACUUCGUUGACACCAUAUGACUGUUGUGCACAUGAAAAGCCUUCAUGAUGUUGGUUGUGUGUCACGAAUUUGUUUGUGGCGUGUGCUCGUAGUGCGCUGCUUGCCGGGCUUACUGCCGGCAUCUUCCCGUGCCUGAUAUCCUCCCGUGCCGGUACCGAAGGAGCGUGGCAUGUGUCUGACAUGUUCCUCCGCGGUCAGUCCGCAGUCGGCAGUCAUGGAUACGAAAGAUGCCAUGUAUACGGGGUUGGGAGGUUCUGAGACGUUCCGAGGCUAUUCGAUGUUCUGCUGUGCGGUGACGUGGAGGUCAAUUUCCGCUCGAUUUCCGCCAUCCGUAUGUGGACACAAGUGGGUACAAUUUGGACAAUUGUGGGUCAAAAUAUAGACAAAAGUGGGUACAUGAAAACAUUAGUUGACGCCGGUGGGUGUACCCACUGCGAUGUCGGACAGAAGUGGGCACU